AUGCAGAAAGGAAGUAUAUCGAUUGGAAGCUUGAUGGCGAUAUGCAUGCUUGGAUGUAUGCUCUUUGUUAAGAUGCAUGGAGGAGUGCCACUGUUGAUGCAUGUGAUGCUACAAUGCAUGCUGAUCUUUGUAUUUAUUUUGAGCAUAUCAAUCUAUGGAGCAUUCCAAAUCAGGUGCUGUAGUGCAGAGAAUGAGGAGUAUGUAAAGAAGAUAGCACACUAUGAUAUGUUGUACAAGGAGUUUGUCAAAAAAUAA